AACAAGUUUUUUGACCCCCCGCCCUGAAUUUAGAAGCUUUGUGAAAAAAAUCAUUUCAGACCAAAAAAUGGGCAAUGGAUGUUCGACGGAGCCGCAGACUUCACGCCCCUCCUCCUCCUCGGUACCUAACAAUAAAGAUGAAAUCCCUACCGGAAACAUCAAUAAAGGUCCUGGUGCUGGAGCUCAAAACACGGGUAGAAAAUCCGCGAGUAUCAACGACAAUAAGGGAGAUAUCAACUUUAACAGGGGUGACCAGGAGACAGUCCCACCUAAAGGAAAUCUCAACAAAGGCCCUGGUGCAGGAGGCAUCAAUUCAGGUACUGAAUCAGGGAGUAUCAACGGCAGUACCGGAACUAUCAAUUUCUAGUCUAUGUUUUCAUUUUUAUUUUUAUUUUUUUCUAUCCUCUGUCAAAUUUAAAUUUAAGUACUACUUGGGAGUGGAUAUGAAUCUGUGUGUUUUAAAUUAAUAAUUUCUCGAAAAUAAAUUGUACCUUUUUUU